AUGAAGAUCAUAUAUGACCGUGGAAGCCCAAAACAGCUAUUCGAACCGCAUUACGUCGUCCCCGAAAAGGAAUACACGGGCAAGGCCGUGGGCCUGCCGCCUAAGCACGAAAUCCCGAACAUUGACCUGGAAGUCAUGAACUAUCACGAUCCGAUGCUUGGCACAUUUCACUCAAAGUUCAUGAUUGUGGACCGUAAGAUCGGCAUCGUACAGAGCAACAAUAUUCAGGACAACGACAACAUGGAAAUGAUGGUUCAGGUUGAGGGUCCGAUCGUCGAUGGGUUGUAUGAUAUGGCACUAUUAACUUGGCAUAAAAAGCUCGAUCCGCCUCUUCCGUGCCUCGGAACACCAGCUGCUGAAGCCAAAUCAGGCAGUUUUGGCGAAAACCACGACUCCAUCUUCACACCGGAAGGAACGAUGAAAGGUCACAGGGUUGUGAUUGAUCCUGCGAAGAUCCCUCAGCGGACAGCUGCAUACGGUCCCGGGGCCGAUCGGCUAUCACCCAGCCAGAACACGUCUGCCAACACGGAAACGGUUUCCGCGGCCACCCACAGCAACGGGUUCCCAGAAACGCCAAACGGUUCCAACGGAGUGAAUGGCUCCAGUCUGUCUUCAACUGCCGGUAAUGGCAUCGCAGCUACCAACCAGGACCCCCAAUCAGGCAUACAAGGACAACAAAUUUCAGAACCACCAAGAGAUACACCGCUGCCAGAGCAUACGCAUAACGAUCCUCAUUAUGACACGGAUAUUGCUGGCGAGAUUGCGCGCGUGCAAUCAGCUGUUUCUGCGAGCCCCAACGAGACGCAAAUGCAAGCUGUCACCCGACACUUGAAUCACACCGUCAGCAAGGACUUCAAGGGAACAGCACCCGAGUGUCAACCCACAGAUGAGAUGACUCCCUACAUACCACAUCCAGCACACGAACCAUUCCCAAUCACACUAGUCAACAGGCAUCCUUACGGACCGCCAAACCAUCACUCAGUAUCAAACCCGCAGAAUGCCGCAUGGUUGUCAGCUCUUCGCAACGCGGAGAAGAAUGUUUUCAUCCAAACCCCAACACUUAAUGCGGAGCCGUUGGUGCCAGCCAUAAUUGAAGCUUGCGAGAGAGGCGUUGAUGUUUAUGCAUAUGUCUGUCUUGGUUAUAACGACGCGGGUGAAUUAUUGCCGAUGCAGGGAGGUCACAACGAAAUGAUCGCCGCUCAUCUGUACGAAAAGCUUUCUCAACCUGCACGACAACACCUACACUACUUCUGGUACGUGGGUAAAGACCAAAGCCGCCCCAUCAUCGCCGAGUCAAAGAAGCGCUCUUGCCACGUCAAACUCAUGAUCGUGGAUGAGUCAAUUGCGAUCGUGGGGUCUGGAAACCAAGACACUCAGAGCUGGUUCCACUCGCAGGAAGUCAACAUCAUGUUGGAGAGCCGUGAUGUGUGUAGGGCUUGGAUCGACGGGUUGAGGCGCAAUCAGAACACGCACCUAUACGACCACAACAGACUGGUGACCAAGCGUCAUCUUACCUCGAACUUGCUUCUGGUUACCAUGGUGCUUGGAACAAGUGUAUUCAGUUACGGAUUUGAAGGAACUGUUCUGAACACCAUUCAAGCCAUGACACCAUUCGAACGUGAAUUCGGCGAGUACCUCCCUGAAAAGAACAAGAUCGGGUUUACCUCCACCAAGCUAUCCUACUUGAACUCCUUACCACUCAUCGCGUUUGCCGUCGGCGUCAUCUUCGCUUCCCAGCUCGGCGAAUAUUAUGGCCGGAAGAUCGUUCUCAUCUGCACUAAUACCAUCUGUCUCAUCGGAAUCAUUGUCACCUUCACAUCUUCUACUUACGGUCAAGUCCUAUCGGGUCGCAUGAUAAUCAACUUUCACGUGGGCAUGGAGGCAUGGCUUAUCCCACUUCUGCAGGCUGAAUUUGCUCCGCCUGCCAUCAGAGGCGCCCUCGUGUCCGUUUACACUACAAAUAUUGUCCUUUCUGGGUUCAUAGCGUCCAUCAUCACGACUGAGACAAGCAAACUGAAGGAUGCCGGUUGCUGGAAGAUACCAGUGGGUUGUUGCCUCAUCUUUCCAACGCUGACGCUCUGCUUCGCCUGGCUCGUACCCGAAUCUCCUCGGUGGCUCUUGCGCAAAGGUGACCGUGUGAGAGCUGUCGACGUACUCAACUAUCUACACGGAGCAAGGAACGACUACGACUCGGAGAAGGAGGCGGAACUGCUACUCGAGUCUUUGAACCAGGCCAAAAGCAAGGGAAAGUGGUCUGACUUGGUAAAGGGGACAAACCGGCUUCGCAUAACUACCAGUGUAGUUGCAGCGGCAUUGGUUCAUCUGGGUGGACAGUCGUUUUCUAACCUCUACGGCACGAUUUUCAUGAAACAACUGAACGUCAUGGACCCCUUCGCAGCAACAAUGCUCAAAAAGGCUCUCCUCGUCAUUGCAUCUCUUGCGUAUAUGGCAGUCAUUGACCGAGCUGGUCGUCGCCCGGUUUUCUUAACCUUCGGCUUCAUCAUGGUGACAGCCUUUAUGAUUAUGGGUGGGCUCGGGACCAUGAGGCAGACUCGACCCAUCAGAUCAGGCUCAUUGGCCAUGAUGAUGAUCUUUCCAAUGGCAUACGUGGCAUCAUUUGGAUCAUCCCUGGCACUUCUAGGUUCCGAGAUCUUCAACACCUCCCUCCGAGAUAAGGCAGGUAUGGUAUUCUGGUCGGUGUCAAAUGUCUUCAAUUUCGCCGUCACCUUCACAAUACCCUAUAUCAUCCAGGAGCCAGGCAACCUUGGACCCAAGAUUGGAUUCGUGUUCGGUUCUCUGAGCGCGGCGGGUCUUGUUUGGGCAUACUUCUACCUACCCGAGCUAUCAAACAAGACAUUUGAGGAUGUCGACGAAAUGUUUGAGAUGAAAGUGUCGGCAAGGAGAUCAAGUCAUUGGAAAAGCAUACGCCUUUCAGCUCUUGAGGCUGAGCACGGUAACCUGCCAUCAGAUGACAGUAAGGACGGGCCAGCAACGGUCAACGUGUCUACAGAGACCAAGCCAGUUUGA